AUGAUUUCGUUCAAACACCACGCCCUUUACUGGGUCUUGUCACUCUUGACAGUUCCUCUUACCAGCCUCCGGAAGCUCCUCUUCGGCAAUGGACUCUUCAUGGGCUAUAUUGACGAGGUCGAAUUCGCGACUACAUGCCUCUCCAUGUAUUUUGUAGCACGCCCUGUGUUAGGCGGAUUCCAAGAAUUUGAUCGAGAAGUAGAAGUUGGCGUGACCAAGUGCAGUGGUCUUAUCGAGGCGGCUGAUCUCGAAAAGCCCGUCGAGGAGAAUAGCAUCACGAAAGAACCUGAAUCCAGAAACGGCGAUGCGAAAGGAACAAAGUCCAAAAAGGGCCGGAAGAAACCAGCAAAAGGUGUCAAAGGUGUCAAUGGCAAACCUCGAGCAGUUCAUUUUCAGAAGGAGUCAGCCCAAAAUGGGGAUGCGAAGCUGUCGAACGGGAAUAGAGCUCUUCAGAACAUAGCGGCGGCACAACGACCCCGGAAGAAAUCCACUGGUCGAUACACUGACACCCAGCAGUCAUUCUUCAACUUGGCUUGGAAGUACCUUGAUGUUCUGUAUUUUAUGUCUCUAGGGAUUUUGUUCACUCAUCCAGAGCCUCUCAUUGGGUUUGGCGAGUGUGUUGGGAACGACCACCUCCAGUCAGUUGGUCGAGUACUCGUGAGCUUUCUAGUCAUGGGCAAUCUGGAACCAAUCAGACAGAAUCGCUGGGACGUCGAAGUGUCUGGCCUGGGGAUGUUCUCCUACUGUUGUGUAUUAUGCAGCGAAGGACCUGGUCCUUGGAUGUCGACAUUGAUGGGAGUUUGUGGCUUGAUAGUCAUGGGAAUCCUUGUGGAGUGUUCCCUUUAUACAAAGCUGCAGUAUUGGCCUUGGUGGCCUGGUAUCUGGUUCGCUGAUAGCCUUAGUGGUCUCGAUAUUUUCAUUCGUGUUUGGUUACUGGUGCCACUCAUUGAUGUUGCCGAGACUGUACUGUACGCUAUUGCUUCCAGAUACACGAGGGUUGCGCAUAAGAUCUUUGUCAUGGUAGUCACCUGGCUUCUUUUUACUGUGAUUCGGACGGCCCCAUGGCAGCCCCUGUUUUUGAAGCAGCAUAAUGGAGAUACCUUCAUUGACACGGCGAAACCUAUUGAGUCAAUGCAGACAGGGGAUGGUCCUACUUGCGAGGAUGCUAAGAGUCUACUAAGAAACGGCGACAUGGCUGGAACAGCAAGUGGAAGCAUCGAAAGCGAUCAGAACUACGAGUAA